ACCCAUAUUGUUGCGCCCUCGUACCUCCGCCCAUCUCCCCGCCCCCCAAGAGGACACCUUAUACACGAAGCUAAGCGGCUAUUUGCAUACUUUAACACUGCGGCUGCUUCUGCUGCCUCAACAACAACAACAAAGAUGGGAGUGGUGACAAUAAGAGUGGAAUACUGUGGCAACUGAGGCUACGGGCCCCGCUAUCAGGAGCUCGCCCAGACUGUCAAGGGCGAGUUUCCAGAAGCGGAUGUGUCGGGCUUCGUGGGGAGGAAAGCCAGCUUUGAGAUUACCAUCAAUGGGCAGCUGAUUUUCUCCAAAUUGGAGCUUGGAGGGUUCCCAUACGAGGAUGACGUGAUGAACGCCGUCCAGAAAGCUCACGAUGGCCUCGCCAUGCAGAAGAUCACCAAGAGCCGCGCGCCCUGCGUCAUCAUGUAGUCAUGACGCAGUCCGCAGCGCCAACAGGUGCAACUGGACGUGCUGCAUUGUGAUCUUGUGAGCCAGGAUGCUGCUUUACACCGUGUGAGGUUACCACCACACUCUUACCUCCACGAGAUAUCUCUUCUGCUCCUGCCGGCUCCUCUCUAAGCUCUUACGCUGGAGCUCCAGGCUGCUUAUGACUAGCGCAGCCUAAAAAGCCUAACACGGCUGUGCUAUGAUGAAUUCACGCCCGGAUAUUCCGUUUGCGGUGAGAGCGGCGACAAGGACAGGCAGGGAAGUCAAAGUGGCUCAUUUUUUCUCCCCUUGCAUUUUGCAUUCAUCUCGUGCACUUAUAGUUUGUUGUAUGAAAGGUUAGUAAAAGUGAAAAGAAGAUGCUUCAGUAACGUUAAUAUAUGCAUUUUUGUAAUAACGUUUUUUCAGAUGCUGUGCAUGAACUUGCGCAACUGUAAUCCAAAUACUUUUUCUAGUUGUGUAGUGUGUCUCACACACACACACACACAAGAAUGGGCUUUGUAAUUGAUUUGCUGAAGAAUUUAGGGGAAUUAACUUGUCAAUGAAAGCAUAUUGGAAUGCACUAAUUGGAUGCAACCAGCGCAGGCGCUUUUGAGCCUCAUCACAAUAAGACUUAAAUUUCCACCAUUUUAUCCCAUCAAACGCCCAUCCCUUCUCUUUGUGUGUUCUCCCAGUACAACCAUACGAUUCACUGGUUCCAAAUUCCCAAGCGGUCAUCAUCACCACGAGCACUCCUCAUGGUGAUUAGUCACUUUCCACCAAUUUACUUAUUACGUUAAUUACUGACCACUGUACUUUCCCAACACUGAUGUAUUUUUUUUAAUAAAGAUGGCCCUUGCAAGUUC